UGCAUGGAGAAGACACAGCUACAGACGCAUAUUAGAGCAGAUGUAAGAAGUAGAAGUUACUGUACUUGAUCACAAGUGUGUUAGAAUGUCAGAGGGAGUCUAUCAAAACUCAGAUGGAUUUGAAGACGAUGAGCUUGAUGUAAUGAAGAACACAGACAUUGAUGGCCAAUUAUAUGCCAACGUAAGAGCCUUCAAGUCCAGUACAAGAGAUGGAGUUGUUGCUUCAGUACAUGUUCAGUGGUGGAAGAGACCCUCUGGAGUUGCUGCAGUGUGUCUGGGGCUGCUGUGUGUUCUCCUACUGGCUGGGAUCAUAGGCCUGUCUGUCUACUAUGGAGUCAUUGAUCAUCACGACUCAACAGAGAUAGACCAGCUACAGGACAGCAACAGCCUUCUGACUAAAGAGAGAGACCAGCUACAGACCCGUUACAACAACCUGACUAAAGAGAGAGACCAGCUACAGACUGAGAAAGUUUUUCUUAGCGAGAGGCUUUCCAAUCUCAGACAAACCUGUCCUGAAUGCUGGCAGAAGUUUGAAUCCAGUUGGUACUUCCUGUCUACUGAGACUAAAACCUGGAAGGGGAGCAGAGAGGACUGUCUGGAGAGAGGAGCAGACCUGGUGAUCAUAAACAGUGAUAAGGAACAGGAGUUUCUCUUCAACCUCAACAAGGAGUCUGGAUUGGUCUGA